AUGCCCACCUUCAAACCCAACCAGCUCCGCGCGACAUCAGCCAAGCUAGCCCUAGCGAUAUUUUCCACCGUGGCCCUCCUCGCCGGCACGGCCCACGGGCUCCCAGCAGCGACAGGGGCGGCGGCGACCGCCGUACAGGCUCCUCCCCCUGAAGAAUGUGUGGGGCUGUGCCAGCGCUACCGGGGCAGCACCAUCGGGCUCGGCGUCGCGCUCGGGCUGGUCUGCCUCGUGGCCCUCGUGAGCGUCAUCGGUCCAUGGUGCUGCUACAUUGUUGUGGCUAGGUGGUGGGAGAAGAACGCUUGA